GCCCCACCUCAAAUAAAGUCGUCAUAUUUUUCUCUUUCUUUCUAAAAAAAAGAAAAAGCGCUUUGUUACCAAUCUUGUAUCAAUAAACCCCUUUCUUUCCCUUCUCUGGAAAGAUCCCUUUGGGAAAGGAGGAGAGAAGAAGAGAAUGUCGAUUGUUGAGACAUGCGUGGUGUUUGGUGGACAAGGAUUCAUCGGCAAAGCCCUUGUUGAUAGGCUUCUUCGACUCGGCAAUUGGAUCGUUCGAAUCGCCGAUUCAUUCCCAACUCUUCAGCUUCAACCUUCUGAGUCUCUCCUUUCCCAUGCCCUCUCUUCUGGUCAAGCUUCUUAUAUCCACGUCGAUCUCACUCAUAAACCCAAUAUUAUUCAAGCUAUUGAUGGCGCAUCAGUUGUAUUUUAUAUGGAUUCUAGGGAUUCAUAUGCUCAUGAUUUCUAUAGUUGCUACACAAUUGUUGUUCAAGGUGCAAAGAAUAUCAUUGCUGCCUGUCAAGAGUGUAAAGUCAAAAGGCUAUUAUACAACAGUUCUGCUGAUGUAGUUUUGAACAGCUGGCAGGGCAUACAUGGUGGGGAUGAGUCCUUACCAUAUUCCAGUAAAUUUGUGAACAUCGUAACUGAUCUUAAGGCUCAAGUCGAGGCUCUCGUUUUAGUUGCAAACGAUGCUGAUGGUCUUCUUACUUGUGCACUUCGUCCUAGCUAUGUUUUCGGACCUGGAGACAAUUAUCUAUCUUCUCUGAUGGUCAAUGUUGCAAACUCUGGCUGGGCCAAGUUUAUUAUAGGGCUUGGUGACAAUAUGUCUGACUUCACCUAUGUGGAGAAUGUUGCCCAUGCACAUAUAUGUGCUGAAAAAGCUCUAUGCUCCAGGGGGAGUCACGUAUGUGGCAAGGCCUUUUUCAUCACGAAUCUCAAGCCAAUGAAGUUCAAGGACUUUGUAUCUGUUGUGUUUGAGAGAUUGGGCUAUCAAAGGUCCAUUAUCAAGAUUCCUGCUAGGGUUAUCCAAUAUAUUACUUUGAUCAUAAAAUGGACAAUCUCAAGGAUGAGCAAUUGGAGUACUGAGAAUGUGCCAGUUUUUGAUAUUAUUGAAUUAGCAUUGUGCCAUAGGACAUUUAAUUGCUCUGCAGCUCAGAAAUAUAUUGGAUAUUCUCCAGUUGUUUCCCUUGAAGAAGGAGUUGCUAUAACCGCUAAGUCCUCUCGUUUAGCUAGAGAAUCAUCUUUCUCAAGCUAUAGUGACACUGAUGAGGAAUCGAAAGUGCAUAAACUGCUAGGAGGUGGAAAAGUUGCAGAAAUUUUAUUGUGGAGAGAUGAACAGAGAACAUUUACUUGUUUCCUUUUGCUGGUUUUCAUCCAUUACUGGUUCUUCCUGUCUGGGAGGAGUUUUCUUUCAUCUCUUGCCCAGCUUCUACUGAUGAUUGCUGUUGCUCUCUGGGGAUACAGCAUUCUGCCACCAACAAUAUAUGGAAUUGCAGUUCCCAGAAUAUCAUGGUCUUUCUUUGAGAUCUCUGAAGUGGAUAUGAGAAAUUGCUUUUACAACUUAGCAUAUAUGUGGAACAGAAUGAGUCAUUUAGCAAGGUUACUUGCCCGAGGAGAAGAUUGGUCUAUAUUUCUGAAGGCUGCAGUACCGCUGUAUCUUUUGAAGUUGAUUAUUUCGGAUUGCUUGACUUUCGCAAUUGGUAUAGCACUAGCUCUGGCAUUCACUUCAUUGCUCAUUUAUGAGCAGUAUGAGGAUGAAAUCGAUAGUACAGCAAAUGUAAUAUUCAGCAUAUCAAAAGGUGCCUUUACGUUGCUGAUGAGGAGUUUACCCUUGCCUUCGGCAUUGCUCCAUUCUGAUUCAGAAAUCCGAUCUUCUAGAUUGAAGAUUAAGCAAUGAGGUGUGCUAUGCUGUACUCACUCCUAACAACAGACAGAGAAAAAUGGUGUACAUCUGCCUGGCUCGGUUUCCUUAUUUAGAUUGUGUGACCCCUUGUACAAGUAGUUUGUUAACCCAAUAUGUAAAGGGUCGGUUGAUCUGUAUCCUAUGGAGAAGAGUCCCCCACCACCUCAUUCCUCCCAUACCCUAGCACUAGGGCUACAAAAGAAAUUUGUGAAGUUAGAAAAGAAAAAAGAAAAGAAAUAUGAUUCCCCUCCUCUGUGAGGAUAGGAUUUGCUCUUUCUGGCUGAGGUAGAUCCUAAAUGAUGACAACAUAGUGGAUGAAUGUCUGCCUGGAUACGUAUUGUAGCUAUGCUUGCGAAUUUCUUACUGUCGUGUGUUUAUUACAACGUCCUGAUAAUGAUAUUCCUGAAAAAACAAUGAUAUCUUUUUAGAGAA